ACGAUGUGUGCGCGCGGUCCGCGGUGCAGCGUAUCGCAUACACACUUUGACUGCCUCCGUGAUUGCGUAUACGGUUCAACUUAGGCUGCGUAUUCGGUUUAAUUCUAACCUUGCAGAAUGGUGACAGGAAUUCGAAUUCAUUGGUAAAAUGUCAAAACGCUGGAGCAACGAUUAUGUGGUUACGGAACACCGUGAUUUACAGGCUAAUAGUAUGGCUGUCGACUCGACUGGCAACUACGUGUUACUUGCCGGACGUAGAUGCUUCGCGGUGAAGCAUCUUGACGAGGGUGCCGACGCUUUGAAGAAGUUCCAACGACAAAGCAAGUACGAAGUUGGGUCCGCGGAAUGGAAUCCCACCAGUCUAAAUUCUCAUCUGUGUGCAGUGUCGAGCAAUACACGUAUAGAGAUAUUAUCUCUCACUGGAGGCGGUGGCUAUGAGUUACAAACAACGAAUAGUCUAAAGGCGCACACACGGGUAGUGAGCGACCUACAUUGGCAUCCGAAGGAACCAGACGUCAUUGCUUCUUGUAGCAUCGAUACGUUUAUACAUAUUUGGGACAUAAGAGACCAAAGGAAGCCUUCUUUAUCUUUGUCCGCAGUUGCCGGUUCCUCUCAAGUACGAUGGAACAGUCUGUCUUCCAAUAUGCUUGCAACAGCGCACGAUGGAGAUAUUAAAAUAUGGGAUCAACGAAAAGGAAAUAGUCCUGUGCAGUACAUAGCUGCUCAUCUAACAAAAAUACAUGGUUUAGAUUGGUGUCCGUUCCAACAAAAUCAACUGGCAACUUCUAGUCAAGAUUGUACAGUAAAGAUCUUCGAUAUCAGUUGCCCGCGUAGGGCCGAAAGUAUUGUAACGACAGACUCGCCAGUAUGGAGAGCUAGAUACACGCCGUUUGGAGAAGGAUUGGUAACGAUAGUCGUACCGCAAUUACGACGGGGAGAAAAUACUUUGUUGUUAUGGAAUACAACAAAUCUCAGCACGCCUAUUUAUACAUUUAUAGGACACACUGAUGUUGUUCUUGAGUUUCAAUGGAGACAUCAGAAAUUAGAGAAUAGCGACUACGAAUUGAUUACUUGGUCAAAGGAUCAGUGUUUAAGAAUAUAUAAAAUUGAUCCUUUUUUGAAGAAGUUGUGUGGACACGGCAUAGACGACGGUACAUCCAUUUAUACUCAAUAUUCGGAAGAUAAUAAUUUAAGAACACUGCAGUCCGUUCAAUUACAACUUAAUGACGCUCAAAAUGAUCGCGAGAUCAAUUGUAUAACGACGAAAGCGGAUGAACCUACGUUAAAUCCCGAAACGGAUACAUACAUUGAGAAUAACAAAGAAAUAUCGUCUCCUACGCAACCAAAGACUUUACAGCAAGAAUUCUCUUUAAUAAACAUGAACAUACCAAAUAUAGAGGUAAACGCGAUGGACGCUGUAGAACGCAGCUGCACCGUAACGGCAUCCAAUAAAAGUUACAACGUGAUAUUAAAAGUAAACUUUCCCGCAAAUUAUCCGUACAGCGCGCAGCCUACAUUUCAAUUUUGUCCUGGCACAACGAUCGACAACGCAACGAUGGGGAAGCUGUUAAAAGUUUUGAAACAAACAGCUCAACAGCGUGUCAAAAAGAAUCGAUCGUGUUUGGAGCCAUGCCUGAGACAAUUAAUUGCAACUUUGGAGCAAACGUGUAAAAAAGACGAGAACGAAAGCAGUCACUUGGGAUACGACAUUCAAGACAACGCGAAUUUUUUGAGCUCCUCCAACAUAUAUACAAAUUAUCAAGACGCCUACAUACCGUUCCCACGAACAUCUGGCGCGAAGUUCUGUUGCGUGGGUAUUCUUGUAUGUUUUGGUCGUGCUUCAUACACCAGAAGGUCGUCGAUGAAACCCGAGAGUACAACGCCUAGAGCGCUCUCCGCGUUGGGAAACGGUAUUGGCAACGGAGAGCAUUUUAUGCACAUGUAUCCAAAUUCCUAUGUACAGUCGAACGAUACUAUAUCCAUUAGUUCCUUUUAUUUUCAAGAUCACAAAAUGAAUCGCGGAUUACACAAUACCAGCAGAAUGUCUCAUAGGUCGUGUUUAAAAAAUUAUCACUUCAUGGUAAUCACGUACGAUGCCUCCUCGUUAUUUUUCGUCAAUAAAGAGCUUGCUGAAAAAUACGUGAUCAAUAUCACCGACAUUCCAGCAAUGUGCCAAUAUAAUGCAAACGUUGCCGCGCAACUAGAGCGUCCUGAUUUAGUUCAGGCAUGGUGUUUGGCUGCUCUCGUGAUAUCGCAACCGGUCUCUAACGUCGGGCAAAAUUCAUGUCAGUCGCCUGACAUCGACGCCCCGUGGCCGUUACAUCCAUUUGGUCAAAAUUUAAUUCAUUCUCUAAUACAGCACUAUGCCAAUCAAUCGGACAUACAGAUGGCAGGCAUGCUGAGCUGUGCAUUUAGUUAUCGUUCAGAAAAUCCAGACGUUGCUCAAACACGAUUGAGUAGCAAGUCCGUAAACGUCAGUAGGCUUUCUACAGGAAAAUGGUGGCUGAAGCCCGGCGGUUCGCCGUACCAUACGAUUCACCUAGCCGAUACCACAUUAGAAGGAUGGAACUUUCAAAAUUUGAAACAUCAUCGCUCUAACUCAUGGUCCGAUUCGCUCGACGAUUUAAAGCUCAUUCAAGACACGUUUGGCGACUCUGUAAAAAGUAUUAGAUUACUCGAUGAAAAAUACACCACGCUCUACGAUGGAUACAAAAAGGCGUACGCUGAGGUAUUGCACAGAUGGCGUUUGUUGGAUGCCCGUGCACAAGUAUUAAAACACGUGAGCACGACGCCCCUGGACACGCACAAAGGCGUUGAGUUUCAAAGCGAAUGCCAGAUAUGUAACAAAGUUAGCAGAGGCCCCCAAUGUAUAAGUUGUAAGCGCCUAGCCUUGGAAUGUGUUAUUUGUCACAUCUCUGUGAGAGGUCCAAGUAACUUCUGUAUAUUUUGCGGCCAUGGGGGGCACACGCAACACUUGGCGACAUGGUUCACAAAUGAGACACUGUGCCCGACAGGCUGUGGAUGCUAUUGCCUACAGGAAAGUUCUGCUCUUUUAAAAGUGUAAAUAAAAUAAGAGAGGUUGUACAUACUCGCGACGAUAUAUAUAUAUAUAUAUAU